CACCCUUGGAGAAGACUCAAGGCAGAGUUGGAGCUGGGCUCCUCGCGGCCUCGCAGGCACGGCUGGUCGAGGCGGCCCGCCCCGGGGGUGGGGACGUUCCAUCCGGCCCGCCCUGCGCUCCCUGGGGCGGGGACCGCGGGGCCUUCCGGUGACAAGGCCGCCGCUGGCUACUUCUCCCUCCGGUCCGGCGCCCACCCGCUGGAGCCGAGGGACGCGGCUGGGCUGCGGCGAGCCCCAGGGACGCGGCCGACGGCCCGCCUGCCCCCCAACCCCCAGCUGCUGCCGGCACUCCACCCCGUACCCAGCCGGCCUCCUGGAGGGUGAGGCCCGCCGGCUGAGGCCUCCUCCCUUCCCGCCAGCCGGACGGCUUCGAGGCGGUGCGCCCUGAGAGAGCUGGAAGGGACUGAGGCCCUAAGGCCCCUCCGCUGAGCCAACCUUUCCAUGGAGGAUGCUGGCAAGGACGCCACCAGAUUCACUGCCCAUUCUCUGCCCAGUGACCCCCGGCUCUUGGCCACCGUGACCAAUGCCUACUUGGGCACACGCGUGUAUCAUGAGACACUGCAUGUGAGCGGCGUGUACAAUGGGGCUUGGGGGGAUACGCACCGGGCCAUUCUGCCCAGUCCCCUCAAUGUCCAGCUGGAGGCCCCUGCAGGAUCAGGAGAGCAGCUGACCAAGACCUUUGUCCUGGACACUAACACAGGCUCCUUUCUGCACACCCUGGAGGGCCCCAGCUUCCGGGCCUCCCAGCGCAUCUAUGCCCACCGCACGCUGCCUCACGUCCUGGCCUUCAGUGUGUCCAUCACCCGCUUGGCCACAGGGAGCUGGCCCAUCACUGUGUUGCUGCAGUCAGCCUUCUCCCCAGAAAGCCCGGACCUGGACCUGCAUCUGGGUCCUGACUUCCAGGGAGCCCGGUACCUGUACGGCCACACACUCACCCCCGAGCAGCCUGGUGGGGCACAGCAGGAGGUGCACAUGCUGUGGACGCCAGUGCCCCCCGCCUUGACCCUUGGGGAAGGGGAGGAGGAUGGGACAUGGGAGUUCCUGACGGUGGUGGGUGGCAGCCAGGCUGAAGCCCAGGCCUGCCUCGCGGAUGCCCUGCAGCUGCAGGCCAGGCGCACUCUCUACAUGGCCCAUGCACAGGCCUGGGCCCAGCUCUGGGCAGGCUGUGGCCUGGAUGUGGAGGGGCCCCUGCGUCUGCGCCAGGCCCUGCGUGGAGCUCUCUACUACCUGCUCAGUGCCCUGCCCCAGCCCGGGGCCCCAGGAUACAUCUGCCACGGCCUCAGCCCAGGGGGCCUCUCCAACGGGAGCCGUGAGGAAUGCUACUGGGGCCACGUCUUCUGGGACCAGGACCUCUGGAUGUUCCCCAGUAUCCUGAUGUUCCACCCAGAGGCCGCCAGGGCUCUCCUGCAGUACCGCAUCCGGACGCUCGGUGGCGCCCUGUACAACGCCCAGAACCUAGGCUACCAGGGAGCCAAGUUUGCCUGGGAGAGCGCGGGCUCCGGCCUGGAGGUCUGCCCUGAGGCUAUUUAUGGGACCCAGGAGAUCCACAUCAACGGGGCCGUGGUGCAGGCCUUCUGGCUGUACUACCACACCACCCAGGACUUGCAGCUCUUCCGAGAGGCUGGGGGCUGGGAUGUGGUCAGUGCCGUGGCUGAGUUUUGGUGCAGCCGCGUCGAGUGGAGCCCUGGGGAUGAGAAGUUCCACCUGAAGGGAGUCAUGCCCCCUGACGAAUACCAUUCAGGGGUCAACAACUCCGUGUACACCAACGUCCUGGUCCAGAACAGCCUGCGCUUUGCUGCUGCCCUGGCCCAGGACCUGGGUCAGCCCGUCCCCAGCCAGUGGCUGGUGGUGGCUGAUAAGAUCAAGGUGCCCUUUGACCCGAAACUGAACUUCCACCCUGAGUUUGACGGGUACCAGCCUGGUGAGUGGACUUGGAGCUCCUUCAGGGCCCUUGUCCCCUCCCACAGGACCUCGUUUCCGCCCUGGAUGCCCCCUUUCCAACAGAGCGGUCCCCGCGCUCCCCACCUUACCCCAUCAGCAGCACCUCCCCCCUCCCCCCCAGGAGAGGAGGUGAAGCAGGCAGAUGUUGUGCUCCUGGGGUACCCCGUCCCCUUCCCCCUGAGUCCUCAAGUUCGCAGGCAAAACCUGGAGAUGUAUGAGGCUGUGACGUCCCCCCAGGGCCCUGCCAUGACCUGGAGCAUGUUUGCAGUGGGUUGGAUGGAGCUGAAGGACCCCGGGCGGGCGUGGGACCUCCUGGAGAGGAGCUUCGCCAACAUCACGGAGCCCUUCAAGGUGUGGACAGAGAAUGCAGACAGGUCGGGUGCCGUGAACUUCCUGACAGGCAUGGGGGGCUUCCUGCAGGCAGUGCUCUUUGGGGUCACGGGAUUCAGGAUCACUGAGGCCGGUUUGACCUUCGACCCCAUGUGUCCAGCAGGGGUCUCCGGAGUGUGCGUCUCUGGCAUCUCCUACCAGGGGAGCAAGCUUGACUUUUCCUUCUCCGAGGGCUCUGUGACAGUUGAGGUCACUGCCCGAGCAGGGCCCUGGGCCCCCCUGCUGGAGGCUGAGCUGUGGCCAUCACAGAAUCGGCUCCCCCUGUCCCCAGGGCACAAGGUCUCCUUUCCCUGCUCAGCUGGCCGGAUACAAAGGUCACACCUGUAGGAAGCAGGGGCAGCAAGUUCUGCUCCAAGAGCUUCCUGGGAAGAUUUUUUGAAGACGUUAAACAUCUGCGCAGAGCCCACAGGACCCCCUCUGGAACACCCUUGGGCCCUCCAGCCCCACCGAGUCCCCCUCACCGGCCCAGUCCAGCCCCCUCCCCCAAAACGACCAGGGCUAUUGGCUUCAGGGGUGUCUCUCAGGUCCUCCCCCCGGCCACUCCCUCUGUGGGUGCCCCCGCUGGCUGCACCCACCCCUCCUCAAUGCCCUCCCAGCCUGCCGCCCC